AUGGACUCCGGGACGGGAAGCUCCGCUGAUCAGAUUCGUGACGCGUCUCUACCUGUUUGCGCCCGCAACAGGUCCAAGGCGUCCCGGUCCCUGGCGGCGGUGGCGCAGACAAGGUGUUCGACGAAGUGCGUCCCUGGUUCGGAGGCACCAAGGCUCGACGAGGCGCAGCAUCCGCAGCACCGGCCUUGGGCGGACCUCCCACCGGACAUCCUCGGCGUCGUGGCCGGUCGCCUCGUCCUCUUGGAGGACCGCGCCAGGCUGCGCUCCGUCUGCCGCGCGUGGCGCGCCGCGGCGCGCAUCCACCGGCGGCUGCCGCCGUGCCCGCCCCUGCUGGUGCUGUCCGACUUCUCGUUCUUCAGCUUUCGCUCCGAAGGGACCUUGAUGGGCGCGUGUCGCCGGGUCCCGCUGCCGGAGAGGGAGAUGGCAGGGUCUGGCAACGUCCGCUGCGUGGGCUCGUUCGAGGGGUGGCUCGUGGGCGUGAAGCGCAACAAAAGUCGUUACUUUGGCGACCUCCGGUGCUUCCUGAUGAACGCUUUCUCCCAGGUUGUCAUCCGUCUUCCUCCUCCUUCAGGUCGUUCAGGAGCUGCACGCUCCGCCGAUACCUUCAGCACGUCUCUCCCCAUCAUCAAUGGCUCUGGUGUGGUGAAUUGCGCGUUCAACACUGCACCGUGCGUCAUGUCAUUCACCAAGGUCAUCUUAUCCUCUCCACCGGACUCCGGUUCCAAGUGUGUUGUGGCUGCCCUCUCCGACAUCAAGAGUGCUGCUAAGCUUGCUCUCUGGCGGUCUGGGAUGAAGUCAUGGUGCGUAUGUGAUGGUGCCUGGAGAGCUCAUUUCAUUGAUAUUGUCUUCUGCCAGGGGAAGCUAUUCAUGCUCAGUUGCAGUGAAGUCGCUGCAGACCUCUUGGUCUUUGAGAUCGCUGAUGACAACAGUGGCUUGAUGGUUUCUCAUGUCGAAUGUUGUGCAAUUGAAAUGCCAGAGGUCAGUGAUAACAUUUGUAAGAACAUUUGGUGCAUACUAGAGUGGCGUGGAAAACUAUUAAUUGUUGAGAUAUGCCAUGGCAAUGAUGAAUUUGGGGAAAGCUUUGUUGAGGUUAGAGUAUUUGAGGCAGACUUGAGCACAAACCCUGUAAGAUUAACUGAGAUUGAGAGCUUGGAUGGCGACUGCAUCUUCAUCAGCCCAUGCAGCAGCAAGUCAUUCCAUUCGUGUCAUUAUGGUGAAGGUGGAGGUGAAGGUGAUCUUAUCUAUAUCUUUUUGUGGGGUCACCUCCACCGAUUUGUGUACAAGAUGAAAGAUGGUACUAUGGCACCAUUUGCUGCAGACAUACCAGAGGACAAACUUGGGGAAGCAGAUGGUAAAGUGAUGAAUUCAACAUUGUUAUUUCCUCCUGAAUGA